AUGGCAGCGGAGCCAUCGUGGAGACCCACACUGAAGUCGACCGCUGGGUGUGAGACAGACGAGCAGGGAGUGCCGACGUGGAGUGGAGACCCACUGACGUUCGAGAGUUAUGAGAAUGCUGCUCUAUGGUACCGCGCGGGACUGAAGGAGAACGAGAUGAACCUCACCGUGGCUCGUCUGUGGACUGCGCUACGAGGUGCAGCUAAGGAGGCAGUGAAGGACAUGAGGCCGAACGACUUCGUGUCCGGAGGUGUGGAAGCGUUGCUCAAACAUCUGAGAGAAGGUCCGCUCCUCAAGAUGCCGAUCCCAGACGCGUACCAAAAGAUCCGCAACUACGACCAGGUGAUUCGCAAGCCCGGUGAGGUGAUUGGCGAGUUUGUUAUUAGAGAAGACAACCUGUUCAGGGACAUGCGGACCGAGGAGUUCGAAGACGCCGAGGAGGUCGAGGAAGACGCCGAGGCCGUGGACGCGACCGAGAAGAAGUCGGUGGUGUCGGCCCGAUCGGGACUUUCGAUCGCCAAGUCGGAGACCGACGCAAGCUUCUUCGAGGCAGAACUUCGCGGGUACAGGCUCUUGCACAAUGCGCGCCUGAGCAGGGAAGAGCGCCAGAUGAUUCUGGCAGGCACUCAGAACGACAUUCGAUACGAGUCCUUCGUUACGCAGCUUCGCGCGUCGUGGGAUGACCACGACCUCCGAGACCGUGUUAAACCUGCUCAGCAGCAGGGUCGUGGCUUCCGAGGCAGAGUUUUCGCCUUCGAGAGCGUGGAGGAGAUGGACGACAUGUGUGCGGCAAUCCGCGGUGAAGAGUCAUCGUGGACAAUCGACUGGAGCUACGACGAGAACGAAGUCGUCUGGUGGUGUGCUUUCUAUGCGGGCGAUGUGGAUCAGACUACAUGGGCUACAAGCUCGUGGGAUUGGUCCAACAGCGAUGCCGGAUGGAAUACUUCGCCAGACCAGUGGGGCCAGGCAACAGCAGCGACCUGGACACCGGAUUCGACUACGUAUGCGACGGACGACUCGUACCUGGACGAGCAAGUGAAUGCGGCCGAGAUCCUCGCCACCGAAGCUAAUCGGACGCUGUCCGAGGCCGGGGGCGCUGUGGCAGAGGCGCGCAAUAACAGGGGGUUCUUUCCGCAGAAGGGCUCCGGCAAGGAUGGCAAGAAGGGCGGCUGCCAGGUGAAGGGAUCAUCGGCAGGGCCUCAAGGCCGCUACUCCAACAACGGCAAGAGCUUCGCGAAGGGCGGCUACGUAUCCAAGGGCAAGGGCAAGAAGGGCAAGAAGUUCCCGGGCGCGAAGAUCGAGGUGGGCGCGUCCGAUAGGCCCUGGUUCAAGUUCGCGAACGGCCAGUGGGGCCAGGCGCUGUCCAAGGUGUGGCUCUUUGCGCCCAUCGGCUGGCUGGGCAUCUACUUGCUGGGCGCCGAUGAGGUGCCGGUGCUCGCGGGGGUAGACCGGCUGGAUCAGCAUGACGUCUCUUUUCGCAGAAACGAGCUGGAGACCUACCUCAGCGAUGACAAGACCACGAAUGUCCAACUCCGGAAGGGCAAGGGCGGCCACCGCUUGCUGGACGUCCUGAGUUCGGCCGGCAGCUAG